UUACACGGAGGCCUUCUUCCUCGCUGCGUCUUAUAACUUCGUCGUUUUCUUCUCAUUGGCCAGCACUGGCAGGGAAUGCCAUGGAAUUGCAUUAUCAUUAAAUUGUACGGAUUAAAAUGUACUUAACUGACGAAACAAAUCGAUUUUUAGUUGCCAGCAUUACAUGUACAGGGAAAGACUAAAAUACCUCAAUCAUGGCAGCAAAACCAUUUUCUAAAGAACGAUUGAAUUUUUUUAAGUUUUCAACCAUUGUCUUCGAUGAGUUUCCAAAGGUUCUACGCCGAAUAUUUAUCAUCAUGUGGGACAAUGUGGUUGCACCAAGGCCAGGAUUUACUAUUUGGUACGACACUCCGGCGGUACGUAGCAAGCUUCUUGCUUCUGAAGGUGGUAAAACUAUACCAACAGCCAAGUCAAUCGAGGAAUGGGACUGCACGGCUUUAUUUGCCGCCACCAUUUAUGCAAAAAUAUUUGGUCACAUGGGAUUAACUUUGAACGACCAAUAUUUAAAGAAAAUUAAACUUGCCCCAGGCUCUUUUCAUAAAUCAGUUCAAGGACCAACUGGUGACAAGAUGGAGACCUACGCCUUGGCAAUUGAUCAACUGCGAUUAUUGAGAAACACACUUUGUCAUUCAUCAAAAGUUGAUAUAAUUCAAUCGGAUUUUGAUAACUACGUUUUUUUAGUAAAAAACUCUUUGCAGAUACUUAACAUUGACACUACUUUUGUUGAUGAUAUUUGUCGCAUGAGGGAAGAUGAUUUUUCCAUGGAGCGAGUUCGAGAGUUAAUAAGUUCAUGUGAGAUGAAAACAGAAUUUCAAGCGCAAAAAUUAUGCGACAUCGAGGAAAAACUAAAUACUGAAUUGAAAGUGUUAUCUGAUAUUCAUACGUUAGUUAAAAGUAUGAAAGAAGAAAAAGGAAAUACGUCAGGCGAGAGAAUUUCUAUCGUAGCCACGCGCACUCACCACCCGGAACAAAAUGAAGUGGUAAAAUUGCUAGCAUUUGAAGAAGGCGAUGUUGGGUGGGUUAUAAAGAAAACGGAAAACGGUUGGUGGUUAAUUGAAUUGCAAGGGCAUGAAGGAUGGGUGCCCGCUGCAUACUGGAGGGAGGAAGAAGGGAAACACAGAACGGACGAAUCUUUCCAUGAUCAUCCCGCGUUUUGGGGUAAAAUGUCGAGGGAAAAGUCUGAGGAUAUCCUUCGAAAGGAAGCCGAAAAAUUAAGUUACCUCAUCAGGGAAAGUGAUAAUGUUGGAUCUUACGUCAUUUCUGUCAAAAUAGCUCAAGACCGAUUUGCUCACUUUCCCAUAGUGAAGUGUUCAUCAGGAAGGCUUAAAUGUGGCGACAAAGAAUUUUGUUCUUUCCUCGGAGUAACGAAGUUCUAUAGCACGCAUCCUUUGUUUUACACAGACGGUAGACAGCCUGUCUCUCUUGGCGAACCGUUUUUAAAAAGAAAUGUGUCAGAUACGUUUAUCGGAUACAACGCAGUUGCAGAAACUCUCUUGGGAUAUAAAUAAUAUUUUCAAGUAGAAAAAAUGUUCUUUUAAAAGGCAACGCACCAUUAUAAAAUCUAACAUUUUUUAUUGUUUGUAGAUAAAGUUCAAAAUAACUGCCUAGUUUCGGAGCAAUUCAGUAUCCAAUAUUAUAACUUUCACCUUAUAUAAUCCAUAUAUCUGUUUUAGUUUAGUUUAUACUCAUUAACGGCUGUCUGGUGUAAGCCACCGUAAUAUGGUCCUUCCACGAUCUUUGCUGUCUUUGCAUGUCAUGUCAUUUAUUAGUCUACAUUUAUAUGUUAAAAUUAGUAGUAAAA